AUGGUUGGCCCAUUGGAUGCUAUGCGGGAACGGAUGGAGUCUGAGUGGACGUUAUCAUGGUUGGCCCAUUGGAUGCUAUGCGGGAACGGAUGGAGUCUGCGUGGACGUUACCAUGGUUGGCCCCUGGGCUGCUUGCAACGCGUGCGAGAACGCCUUGAUGGUGGGAAGAAAAGCGGGAACCAACAUCUGCAGACAUGUGCAACCACUGCAAGACAUGUGCAAGAAGGAGCGUGGAAGCUCAAGAUGAAGAAGGGCAAGGACAAGGUGCGUAUCCUCAAGAAGAAGAAGGCCGGGAGCGGGAACGAAGCCGUGCAGGCUCGCCUGCAUGGUGUCCCAGGUGCGUGGUCUCAGUCGAAGAAGGCGGAGGCAGGGACGAGGCCGGCGCAAUAUGGGGUUCCAGGCGCGUGGUCUCAGCCCGAAGAAGGCGGAGGCGGGGACGAGGCCGGAGCUGGGGUCCCAGGUGCGAAAGCGGAGGCGGGGACGAGGCCGGAGCGCUUAUCCUCGACCAACGUGGAGUCCCAGGUACGCGAUCUCGGCCCGAAGAAGGUGAAGGUGGGGUGCUUGAAGCCAGAAGAAGGCGAGCUUCAAGAGGAGGCGACAACAAGCUCGAAGGACUUACUCUCAGAAUACGUUCUCGGCGCGUGGUCUCAACCUGAAGAAGACAGAGGCGGCGACAAGGCCGGAGUGCCUAUCCUCAAUCAAUAUGGGGUCCCAGGUGCGCGGUCUCAACUUGAAGAGGAUGGAGGCGGGAACCAGGCCGGAGCACUUCUCCUCAACCAAAACCGGGUCCGAGGUGCGUGGUCUCAACUCGAACAGGACGGAGGCGAGGAGAGGCCGGGAGGGUUUAUACUCAACCAGUAUGGGUUUCCGAGGUGCGGAAGCUCACAAGUCGAAGAAGACAGAGGCAACGGCAAGGCCGGGAGAGCUUAUCCUCAACCGAUGUGGGUUUCCGAGGUGCGGAAGCUCACAAGUCGAAGAAGACAGAGGCAACGGCAAGGCCGGGAGAGCUUAUCCUCAACCGAUGUGGGUUUCCGGGGUGUGGAAGCUCCAGCCGAAGAAGACAGAGGCAGGGACAAGGCGGGAAGGCUUAUCCUCAACCGGUAUGGGGUUCCGAGGUGUGGGAGCUCAAGCCGAAGAAGACAGAGGCAAGGACAAUCCAGGGUAUGGAAGCUUGAGCCUCAACCAAUGUGGGUUGCCGAGGUGUGUGGUCUCAGCGACAAGGCUGAGAGGGCUUAUCCGGAGAGCUUUUCCUCAAACAAAACAGGAACCUGA